AGCGAGAAGGAGCAGCAGAGCAGCACCAGCAGCAGUCGCGGCGGCUUUUGUCGUGCGUGCGGAGAUGCGAGGUAUCCGCGCAUCACGGGUAGCGUUCACUGGCGGAGCCGAGUAACGCGCGCGCGUUAACCGACGAGCCGAGUCGGCGGGCACGACCUGGGGCACACCGUCCGUUGCGUGUUCUCUGACAGAAGCGCGCCGCUUAAACCGGGAUAAGAUAGGUAUGACGGGCCUGACUCGGGCGUCGUAGAUCUCUAGACGGCCGCCACCGUCGUUUGCGCGAGUGCGUGCCGUCCCCAGCCUCCCAGUUAUCCGGCGGGCCUUUUACGCGACAUGGCGGGCUUUCAUGACAGGGACAGGGCCCUGUUCCCGAUCCGGAGCAUCUCCGCGAUCGUGCAGGUCUUCAAGAAUCAAUUGGAGAACAGCGCCGAGCCGGAUCUCGCGUUGCUCUCGAUCCUCGUCGGCGCCGUCGAGAACUCCCUGACGUGCAAUCGCGUCUUCACCGCGCAGGAGAGCGCCGUCUACGACGAGCCGAUGCUGCCGGCUGUCGAGUACCACAUCGCCGAGGCUCUCUAUACCAAAUUCCACGCGGUGAUCAAGGGCGCCGUCGAUCUUACCGUAUAUGACACCAAGUACGCCACCAGAGAACUCGUCAAGAAGGUAUCGGACGUGAUAUGGAACUCGCUUACCAGGAGCUACUACAAGGACCGCGCGCAUCUGCAGAGCCUCUACAGUUACUUGACGUCGAACAAGCUGGACUGUUACGGAGUCGCCUUUGCUGUGGUAGCUGGCUGUCAGGUUUUAGGAUUCAAGGAUGUACAUCUUGCCAUGUCGGAGGAUCACGCGUGGGUUGUGUACGGAGAGGAUGGAACGGAGACAGCAGAAGUCACAUGGCACGGUAAGGGAAACGAGGAUAAACGUGGACAACCAGUGGAGCCUGGUGUAGCAUCUCGAUCAUGGUUAUAUUUAAAUGGUCAAGCAAUGGUGUGUAAUCGCGCUCUGGAAGUGGCUACUAUAGUGUCAGCCAUCAACCCUAGUCUAAGCGCAACUACUGAUGCGGUCGAAGUGGGAUUGGUCCAACAAGAACUAUUAUGGUUGCUAUAUGACUUGGGUCACUUAGCGAGAUAUCCUAUGGCAUUGGGUAAUCUGGCUGAAUUGGAGGAGGCUGCGCCUACACCAGGAAGGCCACCGCCAAUAGAUCUCUUUCAGGAGGCCGUAAGAUCAGCGAGGAAGUUUUACGCAAACGCGCAUGUCUAUCCUUACACCUAUCAAGGAGGAUAUCUGUAUCGGAAUGGAUUACAUGUGAAUGCAUUUGCAUCAUGGGCCGAUGCCGCCGAUGUUCUGCGAAAAUAUGAUUAUUCCCGGGACGACGGAGAGAUAUAUAAAGAGCUGCUAGAGAUCGCCAACGAACUGAUACCACACGCGGUACGCGUCGAUGAGCGCUUGCUGCGGCAACCACGUUGUUUCGCAUACCUGUUAAGAUUUUACGACGGUAUUUGCCAGUGGGAGGAGGGCGCCAACACUCCCGUGCUGCACAUAGGUUGGGCUCGGCCGCUGGUGAAUACAAUUUCAAAGUUCGAUGCCAGUAUACGUGCACAAGUCGUCAUAGAGUGUUAUGAAACGGAGAUCAAACAGAAGGAAGAAGCGCAGAAGAGGGAGACGAGUCCCGAGGAGACGCUGAACAACAACAACAACAACAAUAAUUAUUGCAAGACCAAGGAACGGGGUAACGCGGCGCGAGAUCUAAUCAAAAGUCUAGAGUCUAAAGUACCCUCCAAUUCAGCGUCGACGCAUCCUAGUAUUCAAGCCUUGACGGCGGCCUGUAGCGAGAAGAUACUUAACAGAGAUUACCUACUGCAGGGCGGGGGCGAGCCGUUUGUCGCGCCACCGGAUGACACUUUACCGCCAGCGCCUUCCACCUCACAGGAGAAUGUCGAGCCCGAAGUAAAGAUAGAUUCCGAGAACGAGAAGCCGAAGAUAACAUUGUACAGUCAAAAGAUGAAGGGUCUCAAAGAUCUCCUGCUGGCGGAGAAACUCAACACUCACGCAAUCUCGUUGCAGCUGACGGCGCAGAGUCAGGUACAAAUCGGUAAGAAGUCGCGCGGCAGCGAUGACGUGGGAGUCAGUCAGCGUCCUAAGAGGACGCGCCGUGAAUAGUAUAAGAUCUUCGACCGACGUUUCGGUAUAGUGAAAUAUUGAAAGUGCCACCACACACUUAGCGGGAUUAACACUCCGCUCGGCGAGCUCGAGCAGAUACGAGACGCAAUGGCCGGCCAUUCAGCGUGGUUCGCGCAAAACAGUCAUUAAGGUAUAUACCGACUUUCCUCGCUCUCGGUGUUUCCCCGCCGAUAUUAUCUCUAGGACGC